AUGCACUACAUCACCUUCCUUGCGGUUUCUGCGCCACUACUCGUAUCACUCCUGUGUGUGAGCAUUGACAUCUCCGACGGGCUGACUCACUCGCUGUUCAUUGCCGCAGCAGCGUCUUUCAGCGGCUUCAUCAUGUGGAUGCGCUCGCGCUACCUCGCCACCCUGUACCUGAGCGAGCGCCAGGCACGCCAGCGGCACUUCACGGAUGCUUUGCGCCGGCAGUUCAGUGAUGGGGCCGACGCUGCGGUGCGGGAGGCCGCAGCUCCGCGCGCUGGUGGCGGGGUGACCGAUGCAGACGCAAAGCAGGUCUCGCCUGUGUCGCAGCCACCGCGAACAGUGGCGCGUCUCUCGCCAGUGCUGCCGGCCUUCAUGGCGUGCUGCUUUUUUUUACUGAGCGUCCUCUUCACCAUUUCCGCCGCACUGCACGCCAUUUGGUAUGUGCGAAGCCUCGAGGCCGAGCAGCCGUGA